CCUAUUAAAUGGUAAGUACCACAAAAGCACUCGAUAACUUAAAAUGUAAAAUUCACAUAUAAUAAAUGGUACUUUCUGUGUACCUACUCAGCUCUAAUUAAUAUUAAGUACAACAAAAAACACUAUAAGGUACUGAAUAAGUACUAUGUAAUUACCCAUCUUCCUAGAUAUGGUGAAUACAAUGAAACACAUAAACCUGCUAAGUAAGUAGAAAAUAAACUCUGGGUUAUUUUUUACAGUACUUCAAAUGUACUUUCUGUUCUUGUUACACAUGAUAAAUACCAUGAAACAUACAAUAAGUAAAGAAGUACAUUCAAUGUACUUUAUUUGUACUUGCAUGUGGUAAGUACUACAAAAAACACAUAAACGCAACAUGUAAAAAUACCCAGUAUGUACAGCAUAAAUACCCAGUAGGUACCACAUAAAUACAAACCAAAUAGAGUUUUUUGAGUACCAUGUAAAUGUACCAUACCCAAUAGGGCCCAUAAAAAGUACCAUGUAAAAUACCCUGAAAGUACUGUAGUGUUAAAUGAAGUAUUACCUUUGUGGGACCAAUAUUUACUGUUUUUUUGGUAAAAAAAAAAAAAAAAAUCUGAUAAUAGUUUAACAUACAUUUAAAAGAUUAUAUAAAGUUACCUAAAAAGAUAUUAUAAUAUAUAAAAUCCAGUAUUGUAUAAAACUCCAAAUAGUAAUUGUAAUGUUUAGUCCUCAGUAAUCUGAGUACUAAACCAUGAUUUUAACAACAUUCUUGGUGAUGAAUGUUUGUUUUUUUUUACUCUAAAUCUGCAGCACCAAAUACAGCCUAAAAUUCAAGCUCAGAUGUCGAGUCUGUGUCCAUCCUGACUGUUUCAGGGUGGAGCUGCAGGAGUUUUUAUAUGAGCUUUGAGAGGCGGAGAGGCAGCAUCCAAAACCCCGAGUGAGUCAGAUGAUGCUGCCGGAGGAUGCAGGACAAACCAGAUUCCCAGACUGCUCAUCAUUUUCAGAUACAUAGAGUCACCAGAAAGCUUUAAUGCAACAAAUUGUUGUGUUUUGAGGAGUACAUUAAAUUCAGGAUGAAAAAAAAUCAAGACUAAAUAAGAUAAAUAUGUCAGUAAAGGACACUGGCUAAAGCAUCCCCCCAGCACUGAGAGCUGAGAAUAUCUGCCUUAAUCGGAUUAGAGAGAUAAUUAAUUUUACCACAAUAUUUCAUCAUGUAAUGAAAUUUGAUCAUUUGAUUUAAUUAUGAAAUCAUAUGCUUUCAGUCUGUUGUGACAAACAAAAAAUAGGUUUGAGAAGCUCAUGCAAAAACUAAAAUGUGCUUUUCUUAAAAGUCUAUAAGUUAUUCUGUACAGUUGCGAGACUUUCAAAAUAUAAUAAUUGAAUCAAGCUAUUCUUAAGAUAUGUUUUACUUCCAGAUCGGGCUCAUCUAAUCCACUUGCAAAAAAAAUUGAAGAACAUUUUCAAAAUAAAUCUUCAAAAUCAAAUAAAAAUACCCAGAGCAGCAAUCAAAUAACAAAUAACUCCUUCAUUGACAUACUGUUGCAUUCAACAUUAUCUUUUGAGAGCAAUACUAAAAUAAUAUGUGCCACCAGAAACUGUGGAAAUGCACCACUUAGUAGAAGUGGAACCAGUAGAAGAGCUCUUCAGCAAGGCAUUACAAAAACAAAGAGGAGAUUUCACAGAUCUGUUUUCACAUCAGUCCAACUCAUGCCCACUUAACUUCAGCCACAGCAUUGACAGAGCAGUCUCUCAACCACAACACAAUAUUAAACUGAUCCUUCACAUGUUUGGUUAAAGCUUUUAAUGGUUUUCUAAUUUUUACAACAUUUUUAGUUUGUUUUUUAAGCCAGAAAAAGGCUAUUUCUACCCAUUGAUUAAUUAUAUAAGUGUCUGAUUACUUUUCUUUUAUGACUUGUUUUUCAAGAACUUUGCUUAACAUGAUAAAUGGACAGACAUUUUACAAAUUCUUUAGCUUAUUGUGCUUCCUCUUACUUUCAGAAUAAAAGCCUUCCAAAGCAUACAGCAAGACUAGACAAAAAUUGGUCAAUAAAGGAAAUAAAAAUCAGUGGAUGAAAAAAAAAUAAUAAUAAUAAAAACAGUUUUAACAUAGGCUACAGUUCCAGUGACAUUCAACUUGUUGCUUACCUCUGUGAGGACCACACCAGGCUUUAGUUUGCAAUUAGACCAGCUGUUAGUGUUUGAUUUAAUUACUUCCAAGUGUAUUAAAAUCAUCUGCUUUAUUACUUUUUUCAUUUUUUGUUUUCUUAUAUAUUUUUUUGUUUAAACUUGUACUUUUAAAAUUUAAAUGUUGACAUUUCUAGUCAUGAAUGUAUUGCUUAUGGCAUCCCUGUUUUGUAGCAGAAACUGUUAAAAGUGACCAACUAAAAGGGAGUUUUGCUCUAUUGUCAUGUUCUUCAAUACACACUGAUGCACAAGUCCCUUCAGUCAGGAUGUCUGGGAUGGACUUCCUGUCGGAGGAGCAUAACGAGACUGGAAUCACUCCAAUAAACAACUUGACUUUCCUGCGUUUCUCCCCAACUUUUCCCUCUACGUCUGCAGCGGCCUCCUCGUCGGGGCGCCAGGGCAACGUCUACGUGUACGUGUGGCUGUUCCUCGGCCUGCUGGCGUUCCUGCUGACGCUCCUCAUCAUCUCCCUGCACAGGCUGAAAAACAUCAUCUCCUCUUCUUCCUCCAUCCCGGACUGCAGCAGCGAGGGAGGCAGUUCUUUCACGAACAUGGAGAUCUGUAGCAUUUCGUCGCAGAGGUCCACCAUAUCCACCAUUUCUGCCUGAGGGAGAUGCUUGAGAACAGCACAGACUCCAGAAUUUUUGCGCUCUCAUUUCAAAUCUCCUUAAUAUCCCAAAAGAACACUAAAGUUUGCUGACAGAACUUCACACAUGCAUGAUCCUGCCCUUAUGUCAGUCUCCAUGCUGACUUCCAGAGCACUAAAUGAUGGGAAAAGGACAUAUUUACCUUAAUUCACUGAUCUAUAAAUGUCAACUUUAAGGCUAUAUUUUCCAAAAUAAAUGGAAAGCAUGAUGGCAUUUCAUUUUUAAGAUAUUUCAGCUUUUUAAAGUGAGAUUUCAAAAAUAUAAUCUGUAGAAAACCCCCCAUUAAAAUGAAAUUAAAUAGAGAAAUGUGUGCAUGUCUCCAUGUAAAAAUGUGUUCAUAUGGAGACGAGGAAACAAUCGCAGUUAUAAGAAACCGACAAAAAGGAAGAAGCGUUGCCUCUGCUGACACUUCGGGUCAAAAGAGGCAAAAGCUACAAGGUGAUUUGAGUCAGAUCUGGCAACGCAGCUCUGUCCUGCCUGUCUGCUCGCACAGCUCCCGAUCCCCGUCUCCAUAGAGACCAAAGACGGAGGAGAAUCUGCGCAGCUGUCAGCCUCAUCUGUAUUCCAGGACGACGCCACAAUAAAGAUGAUUUCCCUUCAUUUGUGCUUCAGUGUAGCUAUAGGACAUGUUAAUGAAAAUUAUGCACAGAAUUUUGAGCUAAUUCGUCUUAUAAAAUCAUUUUGAGCACUGAAAACAACUACGAACCCAGUAAGUAACCCUGCUUUAGCAUAAAAGCAAGUCCUCACAUGUUUUAUUAAAGACAUCCCUUAAGCUUUAUUGAGUAUUAAAGCCUGUAAAAUCAAAUCAUACGGGAAACUAAUCCCUAUGGUCCAUUUUUAAUGGAGUAGAUAAGGGAGAAGCCUUUUUUAUUUAACAAUUUCAAAUUUUAUUUGAUCUUUUCUUUGUAUAUUAGUGUGUUAAUGGCCUAAUUUAAACAGCAAAUCACAAUCUGGGCACCGAUAGGGAUCCAAACUAAAGUAAUGUAAACAAGCAACAUGUGCAAGUUAAGCACAUUUAUCAUUUCAGUUUCUUUUUCUUAUUUUUCACUUGCAAACAUGGUUUUAAAAAUAAUAAAAAUGCAAACGUGGUUACAUUUGAAGAGCUGCUUCAAAGUUAAGAGUUUGUUCGUCAACCCCUGAGAGUUGUGACUGUCCAAAAAGAAUGAGAAGAACAAAAGAAUAAUCUCUGGAGAUGACAUCUGAGAGCCUUUCUGUUUACUGCAGAACAAGAGAUGUCAAAUAUGAAUGGUUGGUUGCUAGUUAGCCACAUUGCCAAAGGGAUUUUUCUUUUUUGGAGGGGGUCUCUGUGGUAAAGUACAACAACAAAAAUGGACGGAUAAUGUUGUUUUUGACAUUUCAGAGAAAUCUCUGGGACUCAUUUAAACCGCAUGAAUGCCAAAAACAAAGAAACACGCUUGCUGAUAUAAAUAUGGGAAUAAAAAUUCUAAAUUUGCCCUUUUUUUUUUCAAUUUGAUCCACAAACAACCUCAGUAAAAAGGGUGGACCAAAAUACAAGCCUGGUAAAACAUGAAUAUAAUAAUAAAAUAAUAAUAAUAUGUUGAAGUGGAUAUCAUGUCAAUCACAUUAAGAAAAAAAAUAAAGUAAAUAAAAAAAUAAAAGACUCAGCAGCAUACAAAUGCAUGUUAUAACAUGUAUUUUCAGAUUUUCUGCUUUCUAGGAGUUUCAAGAGUUUUAGGUUUAUUUUUUAGCCCAUCCUACUUAAAUUCAUUGCUGUUUAAAGGAAAUUUUGUUCAGAUCUUAGUACGUAUGCGUCCCUUUAAAUACCAACCUGUGCACAGCUGUGGAUAAAGCGCGUAAGUUGAUCCCCUUCCUUCACCCAGCAAUGGUUUAUCCAUGAGUGUGAAAUGAAUAUGCACGUUGAUAAAGGUUAACCAAAUCCUAAAUCAACUUUUUUUGGGCUGUUGACCUCGAUAAAUGGGGCUUUGAAAGCGUAGACUGUUGGUCAUUGCCAAUUUUUUGACAAAUUAAAAUAAAUUAAUGUUUAAUUCUUGAAAAUAUAGUCAAAACCCGUUUGUGUGCUG